CUGUAGUGGGAGGGCCCGUCAUCUGACUUUGUCAGGCAGGGGGGUGGCAGGGGGGUAAAAAAGUGGGUGUUGUUCAGCACUGUUUGGCUUUAUGCGAUGCCUCUUCAUGACUGUUUUUAAACGCAGAAGCAGCGGACGUUUCAGAGUGUUUUACGGACUUCAGAGCGGAGCCAGCAGCGUCCGUACAGGCCAGCGGCGGCGGCAGCAGCAGGGGAAGCUGCCUGUAGCUCCGAUCCCAACACUGACCGACUCUGCGACGCGGCUGCAGCCUUCUCUCUCUCCCCUCCACCCCGUCACCGGGAACCACAACCGUAUCUGUGAGCCAUGGGUUUCCGCAAGAAGAACAAGAGCCCGCCGGUGCUGAGCCACGAGUUUGUGAUCCAGAACCACGCCGAUAUGGUGUCGUGCUUGGCCAUGAUCAUCCUGCUCGGCCUGAUGUUUGAGGUGACAGCAAAAUUUGCCAUCAUGUUCAUCACGGUCCAGUACAACGUAACUCAAGUUCUUGGUGAGCUGAGAAAAACAGAUGACAAAAGUGAGCCUGUGAACCUUUACCAGUACGGCCCAAAAGACGUGGCGACCGUGUUCUUCUACCUGCUCAUCGCCGUCAUUCUUCAUGCCUUGAUUCAGGAGUACAUCCUUGACAAAAUUAAUAGGAGGUUGCACCUGUCCAAAACCAAACACAGCAAGUUCAACGAGUCCGGCCAGCUGGCAGCGUUCUACCUGUUCUCCUUCAUCUGGGGCUGCAGCAUCCUAACCUCGGAGGACUUUGCAACAAAUCCUACUUUCUUAUGGGAGGGUUACCCACACGCUCACAUGGUUUUCCAGGUCAAGUUUUUCUACAUUUGCCAAAUUGCCUAUUGGCUCCACGCACUUCCUGAGCUGUACUUUCAGAAAGUUCGGAAGGAAGAUAUCCCCCGACAGCUUUAUUACAUUUGCCUUUACGUUGUCCACAUCACUGGUGCCUACGUCCUAAACCUCCACAGACUCGGCCUGGUGUUACUGGUCCCUCAUUACCUGGUGGAGCUUCUCUUUCAUGCGUCACGCCUCUUCUACUUUAGUGAUGAGAACAAGCAAAAAGGUUUUACUCUGUGGGCACUACUUUUUGUCAUCGCCCGCCUCCUCACCCUCACACUGUCAGUCCUGACAUUUGGUUUUGGCCUGCCCCGGACAGAAAACCAUGGUUUUUCUUUAGCCGACGGCAACUUUAAUGUGCUUACCGUAAGGAUGACCUGCCUGGCAGCCAUUUGUCUGACACAAGCCUGGAUGAUGUGGAAGUUCAUCAAUUUCCAGCUGAAAAAGUGGAGAGAACACAGCCAGAACCAGGCGUCAAAGAAGAAGACGGUCAGCCCAAAGAGCAAACCGUCUAAAAGGGAAACGGCAAAGGGAGGUGCCGCCAAUGGAGUGGUCAAGUCUGAAGAGAAGACGUCACCGCGGGCAAGAAAAGCCAAAGCUUCAUAAAGACAAAGGAGUUGUGGGAGGAAACGAGUAAAACAAUUCUGAUAAUGCGACAUUACGUCCUUACAAAACAUCAGAUUUUUUUUCUGCUGCUCUCCAUAACAAAAAUAUAUAUACAUAUAUACUGUAUAUGGGCACUAAGAAACCUUGCAUCACUGUCCCUUUGGGCUUAAAAAAACCCUUUUCUGAAAAAGUUCAGUGUUACUGUGAGCUGGAAGUGUUCAUUAUUCAUUUGGAGUUUGCUGCAGGUGGUAUGUUGGCAGGGCUGGUUUUGAUGCUUUAACAGGGUGGAUUUAGUUUCAAGAUUUGUUUUUAAAGUGUCCUUUUGUGUAAAACUGCGAUCGCUCGUCGUGUUCUUUAAAACAAUGGAAUCGUCUCCCCCACACGGUACCUCAUAAAGCCAGUUUUUAACUUCA